AUGAGCAGCGCUCCCAUAACCCCCACCGGCCCCGCGGCCAACAACCCCGACGAGCCCUCCUACAUCGACUACGAAGCCUUCCUCGACCCCUCCUUCACACCGUCCUCCUUCGCCAACACCCUCGUCCUCGCCACCAACAACGCAGCCGACACCCCGCUCGAUCUCUCCACUCCCCUCUCGCGAGUCCUCUUCGACAUCCAAGAAAUCGACUCCCACAUCGACCAGCUCACCACGCGCUCCGCCCUGCCCCUGCUCACGCACACCUCCACCCACGCCCACGCCAGCGCGCACAUCCUCAGCACCCUCACCUCGCAAAUCGCCGCCCUCAACGCCAGCCACGCCCAGCUGACCCGCGAGGUCACCCAGAAACACGCCGAGGCCGACCAGGUGCGCGCCGUCGCCGCCCGCCUCUGGGACGCCCUGCGCCUCGCCCGCGCCGUCGCCCGCGCCCUGCACCUCGGCCGCCAGCUCGAGGCCCAGCAUGCGGAGCUGACGGGGUUGGCGGCCACCGCGGGAGCGGGGGUGGCGACGGGGUAUGGGUUGGAGAGGGUGGCAGUGGUGAAGGGGUUGAGGGAGGGGGUGGUGGCGCCCGUGGAGAGGGCCGUCAAGGAGACGGCGGAGAGGGUGGUGAGGGAGUUCUCAAUGGGGAGUGCUACCGGUGGGGCGGCGACAUACGCGCAGUCGGAGGAGGUGAGGACGAAGACGGUGGCCGCGCUGACGGCGCUGUAUUUGUUGACCCCGCCGCCGCCGGAGGGGUUAGGGAAGGGGGCCGGUGAACGGUGGGUGCCGACGCUGAUGCUGCAGGCGCUAGAGGUUUAUUUGAGGUCCGCGCUGCAGAGCAGCAUCGCGGGCUUGUCGCGGGCGCUGGCGACGCUGCCGAGCCUGGAUAGGACACUGGCGGAGGUGAGCGCGCGGUGUCAGAAUGUGGUGGCGCUAGAGGCUGUUCUGGAGGGGACUAAGGCGCCUGUGCACCCGCUACUGCAAGGGAAACACGCGGAGCAAGCGAGCGGGAAUCUGCUGCAGCCGCUGCUGGCGUACCUAGAAACGGGGUCGCUGGCGAGUUACUUUUGGCGGACCAUGGCUGGCAGUAUGGCGCCGAGGGUGCAGGAGAUUAUCUCGAAAGGGGGAGUUUCUGCACGGACACUCAAAACAAACCGGCAAACAGUGGGCGAGGCCAUCAAGGAGUGUGUGGCACGGGGGAGUCAGCUACCAAGUGCGGUUGCUGCGGCCGCGAAGGGGCAGGGGAGAGGCACCGAGGUUGACUCUAGUGGGAAACAUUGGGAGCGGGAGGUGGCUGUCAUGGUGGGGAGUAUUGUCAACAACCUUGGGAGGUGA